CGCAAGAGCAGCAGAAAUAAUGGCUGGAAACAGUGCGCUCAAGCGAAAGCGGCAGCACAAUGACGACGAGAAGCUGAAUCAUACUGCCAGCGUUCAGUUCGCGCGAGAGAUCAAGAAGAUCAAGGCAUUUGAGAUCCAAAAGGUCGUCAAGACACUGGCCAAAGACCCGCAAAACUCUGCGUUGACGGCGUCGGUGGAGCAUCUCAAGAGUCUGGAUGUGGCUCAUCUGGCUCGACGGGCUAUGCUAUCCUUGGGCUUGGACCCGCCAGAGACAAAGAAGGCCAAGGCCAGCAGCAAUGCUGCGGCCGGCGACAACUUCGAGCUGAAGGCCCUUGAAGCGUCGCUUCUCAAGCACAAGCGACUGCUCCCUCUCCUCGAUACUUGGAAAGCCAAGGCUGCAGAACGAGCAAACAAACUCUUCCGCGAAGAAAACGUCAUACUCAAGCAAGCGCGCGAAAACUCGAAACAACAAUCCAUCCCAUCUGGCCGGCGCAGCGCGUCCACGUCCGAGUCCAUGUUUGUGGGCUCGUUGUCUGGGCUUGGCGACGCCUCUGGCUUUGAGAAAGACGACAUUGCAGACUUCUUGGGCGAGAACCACAAGAAGAACCGACCCGGCCAACGUGCGCGCAAGCAGAAGGCGCUCAUGGAGGAGCAGCGCAAGUCCGGCAAAGCGCCGCCGCCGUCGUCUACUGUCCCCGCUCGGGGAGCGUCCAAGUACGGCCCCAGCAGCCGUGGCACGGCCGACUCGACGCGUCCGCCUCGCCCGGGCACCAAGGCCCGCCCCCCUCGACCCACCACGACCCAAGGACCAGACCGCAGCCGACGUCCUCACGCCUCCGACACCGGUCCAUCGGCGCCCCCCCCGCGACUUGCGCCAUCCAGUCGCCGGGAAACGGUCGAGGAUAAGACGCACCAUCCGUCGUGGGCUGCCAAACAAGCGCAGAAAGACAAGGAAAAGGUCGACAUCCACGCGUUUUCGGGCAAAAAGGUCGUAUUUGACGAUUAAUAACCAAUCAAAACGGUCAAGGAGUAGUAG